AUGUCUCGAGAGAAAGAAUCUCAGUGUAUUGAAGAUUUUAUUAAUAUUUAUCGAAGCGAAGAUUGUUUGUGGAAAAUAAAAUCUAAAGCAUACCAUGAUAGAUGCAAAAAGGACGCUGCCUACAAACUUUUAGUUGAAAAGCUAAAAGAAAUUGACUCUUCUGCAACGAGGUCAGAGGUAGUAAAAAAAAUAAAUAACUUGAGCAGCAGCUACCGGAAAGAAAUAAAAAAAGUAAAGGAAUCAACUAGGUCAGGAUCAGGGGCAGACGAUGUCUACCAGCCGAAAUUAUGGUACUUCAAUAUGUUAAGUUUUUUUGACGACCAAGACACACCACGUAAUUCACAUUCAAAUAUUGAAAGUGAUGACGAGAAUAGUGCCUCUGAAGUAUGUUAA